AUGCCGCGCAGCAUUCCAGUUAAAGUCGCCUGUCGUCUGUGUCAUGACCGACGGGUCAAAUGUGACCGCAGUGACGGUGUCGCAUGUUCCAACUGCCGGAAUGCCCGGCGCCAAUGCGAGCUGAUUAUAUCUCGCCGUGGACGGAAACGAAAGCUUCCUCUACUACCCACUGAAACAAGUUCAAGCAGGAGUCUUUCAGAGACCUCUCGCAAUGUGCCAUAUGAAGGAGUGACGAGUUCAAACCCCCCUCUGGCCACUCAUGCUCAAGAUGAUGGAAAUAAGCCACAACAAGAGCCAUGUUUCCCAGCCCUUGGACCAAGCGGAAAAACACCAUAUGUUGGAGAUUCUUCUAAUCUCAACUACUUGAUCCAACAAUUCGGAAAUCCUUUCGGGGGUACGACGGAUGUUCGUCCACUUCAGGACCAUCUCCACGGGGCAAUGCUGGGCCAGUUGGGCAGGUCGACGACGCAGGAAAUCGAAAGGAUUCAUGUAUCUACUAUCGAACAUCUUAAGAACCAAGGCGCAUUCGAUCUCCCGUCACAAGAGACCAGUCGGGCCCUUCUCGACGCUUACUUCCAUUUUUCACUUGCCGCACUACCUAUUCUUGAUAGGUCGAGGUUUCUUGUCUCUCUCGAGGAGGGCAAAUUCUCGCACUUGCUCUUGAAUGCUAUUUACCUCGCUGCUACUAUAUAUUGUUCGGAUUCAGUCAUUGCUGAUGCCGGAUUCGGGUCCCGAUACGCUGCAAGCCUCACCUUUUACCAGAGAGCCAAAGCACUUUAUGAUUCUGGGUAUGAAACCGAUGCCAUCGUGACCAUCCAAGCUACCUUUCUUAUGUGCUAUUGGUGGAGUGGUCUUCUAGAACACAAAGACCCUUGGUACUGGGUUGGUAUCUCUGUGGGAAUGGCACAGGCCUUAGGACUGCAUCAAACAAAGUCAUAUAUCCGCCUCGAAGAGAAAGAUCGAAAAUUAUGGCGAAGAUUGUGGUGGAUGGCCAUGAACAUAAAUCUGUCUAUGCUUCUCGAUCGUCCUCCACAUGUACAAGGAAGACUUUGCAAUGUUCCCCCUCUGUCGGAAGCAGAUUUUGAUCAAGUCAGUGAGUCUCAAGAGACAGACCUCGAUGAGGCAAAUACCUUUGCGAUAAAUGCUGUGCAACUAGCUCGGACAGUGGAUCGAUUCUUCACUAUUAAAUUCGACGAAGAUACUGGUCACUCACAAGAUAUCUGUUUAGAGCAAAUUUCCUUGUGCUCUUCAUCCCUUCCCCCGGAAUUCAAGUCUUUGUCAACAAAUAGUAGCAAGUGGGCUAUAUUGACUCAUAUACUAUACCAGGAAUACCGACUAAUUUUGCACCGGAGCAACCCAAGGUUCUCUCUCAAUACCGGGCCAGACACUCCAAUAUUCGAGAUAUGCACAGAGAUCUCCCACAUGCUCGAAAUACUCAUGGCGAAAGAUCUCCUAUACGCAGCCGCAGCUAGCAUACUGGCGCCCGUGCUAUCCGUGCUCUCAAUCUACAUAGCCAACAUCCACAGAGGCGAUACUGGCGUCCGAAUGAUCUCACAACAUCGCGCCCGCUUCUGCAUGCUGAUACUUGACAAGUUGCAAGAUCGGUUCCCGGUAGUUGCGGCCUACUAUCCGAUUUAUGAAUCUCUGCUUAGGCGAUACUCGGCAGGUGUGCACAUGCAAGAUGGUGCGAGGGUGCCAGAGCGUCCAGAAACAGGAUCUGAGAUGCAAAAUGGUCCGAGUCAACUUGGUAACGAAAGCAAUCUUGGUGGUAUCAACCUCACUGGAGGUUUGCUUGAUCAAAUUCCCCAAGACGCCAUGGGCCUGGCGUUUCCUUUCUCGUUUCCUUUCGGAAAUUUGUUCGAAGAUGUCUUUUUGAACUCGCCUUCUCAGUCUACAACUUAUUGUGAAGAUGAUAUAUCUUAUCCUUAG